GUAAACUAUCGAUAUUCUACUGUUGUAUAUCGAUUUUUUUCGUUUCUCAAAUAGCUUGUUUGGCUGGCGACGCGCCUCACCAUUCCCGCCAUUUGAAAUAAACGGAAAGCAAUACAGGAAAUUUGUUAGUAAAUCGAAUUAGAACAGUUGCAAUUUGUAUAAAAAUGGAUGACUUACUAGGCAUAAUACGUUGCGUGUCCGAACUGCAGGAGGAAAUGAAUGCAAUGUCCACUAGGCAUUUUGAGGAGCUGGCCCAGUCGUUGUAUGGCGUCUCUACCACAAAAGAAACAAAAUCUGCGGAAAUUGUGCCGCCCAAACAGACGUCAAGCUCCAUAACUCCACAGCAGACCAAGAAACGUGCCAAGCGCCUCUCAUCAUUGGUUGAAGUCGAAGGCGAUGUUCCCUCUGAUGCAUCGGUCGCCUCUAGCGAGUCUUCGCAGCGCCAGAGCGCUCGCAUAAGCAACUCCAAGCUACUGGCCGACGCCCUCGAGGAGGAGGAGGAAAACGAAGUGAACACAACGGGCAUUCUGAUGCCACCGCCGGCAGUGCCUGCAGUUGGAGCUCCCUUUGUAAAUGAUACCAGCAUCAGUUCGGGUCGUCCGCAACGUGCCGCCAGAUUGCGUUCCGAGAAGAACCUAAAGGAGCAGCCGCUCAAAGCCAAAUUGCGGCGUCCCAGCGAAAAUGAGAUGGUCAAGGUCAAGGUGGAAAGUGAGCAGCGUGCUUCGCAGUUACACAAUAUUAGCUCGGCACGCAUUACCCAAGGGAAAACAACACUUGCUCAGCCAGAAGCAAAAGUUGCUACCGCAGAAGUUGCAGCUGCAGCUGCCCUUAUUCCUGAUCCUGCUCCGGAACCUGUAGAUGCAAAUGAGGCGGAUGAGAAAAAACAGAGCACCACCAACCUGCGCAUUAUGAUCAAGCGCGAGAAGGUAAGCAUCGACUCGACGGCAACAACAACAGUCACACUGGAAGCAACAAGAAGCGCCGCCGAUGAUACAACCCAACUGUCGACAACAACAGCAAGUAAUACAACUGCUGCGCCCGCCAAGAAGGGACGCAAGAAAAAGGAGACACACAAGCCCAUCAAGGUGGAACGUUUCAGUGAUCUGGACAAGAGUUCACCCAUAUCUUCGCGUACGCGUGGAACACGCAAUUCACAGGAGCCGCAGCCAGCACCGCGAUCCUCUGUUUACGAGGAUGCCGUCGAGGGUUUGCCCAAUGCCGUUCCAAUUAUUGCCAAUGAGACCGUCACCAUAAUGCCCAAUGCCACCAAUGGAGCUCCUAUGAGCGAGGUCACGUUUAACGUACCAACAUCGAAUGCCACAAUGACAUUGGGCAAUGCCACAUUCCAGGUGGAAGCAGGCGCAUCCGAAGAAAAGGAUCAAUCAAUGCAGACGGCACGCGAAGGCAGCUUUCCUGAAAUGGCUCGGAGCAACAGCAUAAUGACCGAGGAUGAGUCGCUACACAGUGUGACCAAGGCGCCGGUUAUGCCUCCGCCGACACCCCUGAAGGGCCACAAGAUGCCAGUGCGUACCCAUGAGCUGUUCAAUCCGCUGAUGCAGAGCCCGGUUAAGUUGAGAGUGGAGGCAUUUGAGAACGCGGCGAAUGCACAUAGCUCUACGCGUCCCAAGCGAGUUGUGGGCAAUUCUGGUUCCAGCACUACGCCAGUCAUUGGCAAGCUGCCUGUGCCGACGCUGGGACGUUUCCACACACCGACUCAGAGUUCGAAUGCGGCACCUGUGAAUUCGGCGCAGCCGAAGAAGCCGCCGAUGAGCGCGAACAAGGCCACAUCGCUUAUGAAAACGGCGACUGGCACAAAUCUGAAGUCAACAAACUCAACUUCUAGCAAAACUCUGUCUCGAGAGCACAGCGGCGAAGACUUCCGCAAGGGGCUGCAUCAGCUGGCCGAGGAGCGGAAGAAGCAGCGCGAACAGAAGCAUCUGCAGGCGGCACAGCUGCGCGAGGCCAAGGAGCGGGAGCGAGCCGAACGCAUUGCCAAGCUGAAUAAGGAGCGCGAGGAGAAGCGCAUCAAAAAACAGUUGGAGAAGGAGAAAUUGGAGGAGCGCAAGCGACUCGAAAUGGAAGAGCUGCAGCGCAAGCUGUGCCAGCAGGAGGAAGCCGAACGCCUCAAGAAGACCAAGGCAAAGGAGCAGGAGCGCGAGCUGCUCCAGCAAAUGAAGGCAAAGCAAAUGAUGCCGCCACCACCGAAAUCCAAAUACACAUUCGAAAUGUUGCACGAGGAUGAUUCUACUGAUGAUGAGGGCAAGGUUUCCUACAAACGGCCACCGCCACCCUCCUGGAGUCGCUCUCAUGUGCGCGGCGCGGCGAUUAUUAUGCAAAGCUUUUGCCCAACGGACGUUAUUGACAGCUUCUUCUCGGUGGCGCCAACCACGCCAGAUCUGAAGCAGAUCUUCCCCAAUAUUGAUCCCAGUUACUUGAAGCGCAACUCCAGCGUUUUGUGGUCAACGCCGCCGCGCUACUCGGAGCUGCCUAAAUACUAGAAUUUAAUUAAGUUAGCAUUCAUUAUCGCAAUCAUACUAUAAACCCACAUUUACCCAUUGUUUUUUGCUGUCAUUUCCCGGUCAUCGUGUUUCCACAUUUUUUCAGUUUUGUUUCGCUGCA